AUGGUGAAAGCAACCAAGGCGGAGAAGAAGAUCGCGUACGACACCAAGUUGUGUCAGCUGAUCGAUGAGUACACCCAGAUCUUGGUCGUUGCGGCCGACAACGUCGGAUCAACUCAGCUCCAGAACAUCAGAAAGGGUCUUCGUGGAGACUCUGUGGUGCUUAUGGGAAAGAACACUAUGAUGAUACUAAGGAAGCAUAUACCCAACUUAGCUGCUUCGAGGGGUGUUCUUGUUCUCUAUAUUAGAGACAACAAACGAGCCUCUCUCAGAUUAGGUGAGUUGGUUAAACUCAAGACUGCUCUAGCCAUUGGUGUUAAGACCAGAGGAAACGAACUCAACCUAUUACUCCAACAGAUUCUUCCCAGUGAAUCUUUGAUCCUGUAA